GUGCAUAAUCUCAAAAUGUCCUAGCAGAUAAGAUCGAGUGUGGAGUAUAAUAACCGAAGAGCGGCGAUAAUCGAAAGCCUUCGCGCUAGGCGUUCACAGAGUGAAAUUAUUCGGUUCUUCGGGUAUCCGAGAUCGACCGUGCAUGAUGUUGCGGUUAAAUAUUUGGCUUCAGAGACGUCCGAAAAAGAUUCUGCCAAUCCGACGAGGAAGAGCCAUUCGAAAGAAAAGUCGGUAUCCAGAUAGCACAAGGAUAUCCGUUAGACAUCUAAAGGACAUCCAUGUAGGAUAUCCUGAGGAUAUAUAUGUUAAGGAUCCUGUGAUACAUCCUAAGGACUUUCAUAGGAUAUAUUUGGGAUAUUUUUCGUACAUUUCAUAAGGAGGAAAUUCUGACGUUGUAGGCUAUAUCUGACAUAAUAUAGACAGGCCAGAUAUUUUACAAACAUCCUGUGGUUAUCCAGUGGAUAUUUAUGGGACAUUUAUAUUUUAUUACAAUACUCAAAAUUUCUAAAUUAUGUUAAAUACUCUACAUAAUUGAAAAUAAUUAUAAAUGCAUAUUAAAUUUUCAUAAAACAAAUUUAGAAUCAUAUUUUAAAACGUCCUCGAAAUAUUCUGAAUCGUUCUGGCCAUAUUCAGGAUGAUCCUGAGGACAUUUUGUGCUGUCUGGGUGUGACACUACAAUGCGUCGAAUUGCUGAAGAGGACCUACGCUACAAGUCCUAUGUGAUAAAAGUUCGACAAAUGCUCUCCGAGGCUGCUAAGAUGAAGAUAGUUGCUCGCUGUAAUUUGCUUCUGAGUUCGUUGAAAAACUCCGAACAGUCCAGAUUUGAAUCCUUUGGAUUAUUACGUGUGGAGCGUAUUGAUCGAGUGACCAACAAGUCGAGACAUCCCAACGUGACAUCUCUCCAGGCAGCUAUCAAGGCGGCAUUUGCCAAUAUGGACAAAAACGCGUUGCAGAGAGCGUGCCAGCGCUUCAGGACGAGGAUCGAAGCAGUCAUCGAAGCAAAAGGGGGUUAUAUAGAAUAAUUUUACUCUAAAAGGAUAUCACUAGUGAUGUACAAAAUGUUGUUUUGUAAUUUUUAAUAAAAUUUUGUUUAAACAAA